GGUUAUGGAUAGGGGGCACCCGGAAGGAAACCUGACGGCCGACAACUGGAGGUCCGUCCUGGUGGGUCUCUGCCGGGUGUACAAGGAGAUUCUCCGGAAAAAUCCUGGCCCUGCGCCAACUGUCCGCGAUGCUGGUCUCUACCAAGGCCGCAUCAAAUUAGUUUCCUGCGCUGAUGAACGGUCGGCGCGACUUUAUAAGGAAGCAAUUUCUUCUCUUGGGGAACUGUGGCCCAGCGCUGACUUGGUGGCAGUGCACAGGGAUGAAAUCCCUUGUAAGCCGCGAGCCAGAGCCUGGGUCCCAGAGGAACCCUCGAGUCCUGAGGAGAUUCUGGAUAUUAUCCAGGUCUCAAAUGAUGCACUACCGGCCCUUGAUUGGAAAGUAGUGAAGGUCAGCGAGGUUAGGGAGCAGCAGCGUUACAUCACCUUGGUGAUAAACGAGGAGUCUCUCCCGAUCCUUGCUGACUGUAAGGGAGUAAUUAGCUACGGCUUUUACUCCAUUACCCUCAAAACCCAAAAAGGGAAUGAGGGUAAAAUGAUAGAGCCGGGGAACACCGAGGGUGAACCCGAGGCUGGCAAUCUUCCGCCUAAAGGCGGCCCUAUAUCUGGAGCAGAAAACGCCUUGAGCGGUCCUGCUUCUAACCAAGAGGUCCAGGAGGUUCUCGAGGCCACUUGCCCGGUGGUGAGGUCAGACUCGGCAGCGGAAACAGAUAGCGAUACGCAAUCUGUUUCUGGUGACGGAUCGGUACUUAACCGGUGGACGAGGGAGUUCGGGAACCUGCUUCUGACGUCGGACUCAGAGGACGCCGAUGAUACCAUCGUUGAGGCGUUCGAUAGAACCCCGCCAGAAGUGAUGGACGGGGACGAUAUUUUAUAAGCUGUGGAUGAAGGUUCUACAAAUAAACCUUCAUCACUCUAAAGCAGCUUCUGCAGCUCUGCUCCUGCACCUCAGUGAUAGAGGGGAGGAGCUAGUGUUUGUCCAAGAGCCCUGGGUUGUUAAGCACAGGGUUUGUGGACUUAAUUCUGAUGCUUACCGCAUAGUGUCGGCACCUGUGGCAGUUCAGCGAUGAAGAUACGGUGAGCAUCUCUGUGGAAAGCCAAUUCACAACACUCUGGCUGGUCAGUACAUACAUGGCCUACGAUCGCCAAGACUGCCCUCCCGCUCGGUUACUGGACGUGGUGAAAGAGGCCAACUCGAGGAAGUUUCCCAUAGUCAUAGGAGCCGAUGCGAAUGCGCAUCACGCGGUAUGGGGAUCUACCGACAUCAACCCGAGGGGUGAGUUGUUACUUGAUUUUAUAUUAUUAUAUAAUCUAGCCAUCUGUAAUAUUGGUGAUAAACCCACUUUUGUAACCUCAAAUAGGAAGGAGGUAUUAGAUAUUACCUUAUCGUCUAGCGCUUUCUUUGAGAGUAUUAGGGAGUGGAAGGUACUGAGCGACCAUUCAUUCUCUGAUCACAUGUAUCUC